CUUCGAAUAGCGAAUGUCGUUUCAAAAAUAGAACAUUACAUUUAAAAAUAAAGUCGAAUAACACUUUUUUAGUAAUGUUUUUAUAAUUUUUUUUUUUUAGUUAUUUUUUGUUUUGUUUUUUAUAAUGUUUUCUGUGUGUUAUAAUUUAUUAUGUGUGUGUUUGUUGACUGUUAGUGCAAAUGUUUUGCGCGGGAAUUUAUAUCAAUUGGAUAUAGUGCAUUACAAUGAUUUUCAUGACAGAUUCGAAGAGACCUCAGUAGCCUACCCAAUAUGCAAAUCCAACGAUACCUCCUGUCUCGGUGGUUUCGCGCGCCUUUACCAGGAGAUCCAUACAUUGCUGGAUGAGAGACCAGGUGCCCUACUCCUGAAUGCCGGAGACACAUUCCAGGGGACCUAUUGGUAUACUCUGCUGAAGUGGAAUGUCACCCAGACGUUUAUUAAUAUGCUGCCUAAUGAUGCUCAUGCUCUUGGAAACCACGAGUUCGAUGAUGGAAUACCAGGCUUAGUGCCCUACUUAAAGGAUCUGAAGGGACCAGUCCUCGCAGCCAACCUCCUGAGCAGCAAGGAUUCGCAAAUGAACGGCCUGUACCAGCCCUCGGUGGUGGUGGAGAAGAAGGGCAGGAAGAUUGGGAUUAUCGGCCUUAUUACUAAGUCUACAGAGCGUUUAUCGAAUUCGGAAGGAGUGACAUUCUUGGAACCUAUUCCUAUAGUAAAAAAGGAAGCGAAGAUAUUAACAGAUCAAGGAGUUGAUAUUAUCAUAGUACUGUCUCACUGUGGAAUUAUUGAGGAUUUACAAAUAGCUAAGGAAGUAGGAGAGAACAUAGAUAUAAUAGUAGGGGGUCACUCACAUAGUUUGUUGUGGAAUGGCGAAGCGCCGUCCAAGGAACCAGUGACGGGACCCUAUCCUAUCGUUGUUGAGAGUAAAGCGAAGCCGGGGCAUAAGGUAUUAGUAAUAACAGCGUCUGCGUACACCAAAUACCUCGGGAAUAUGACUGCGUAUUUUGAUUCGGAAGGAGAUUUGCAAUCAUUUGAGGGAUCUCCUGUUUUCCUGAACAGGUCUAUUCCUGAAGAUCCAAAAAUCAAGGCUCUUCUAGCACCAUACACGGAGAAGCUACACAGGAUAGUGAACGAAGUAGUGGGGUAUUCGGACGACGACUUCGAUAUGGAUGUAUGUGCAUCACAGGAGUGUGCUCUUGGUAAUUUCGUCACUGAGGCGUUUUUGAAUUCUUCAAGUGAGCUGUACCCUACGGAGCUGCCUUCCAUCUCUUUUUUCCUUAGAUCAAUGAUCCGCAGUUCUUUGCUAAAAGGAGAUAUCACAAAAGGUUCCAUAAUAAAUAUGUCGCCGUUCACAAAUAAUCUGGUGACGUUUGUGAUCAAAGGGAAACAUAUUAUAGAAGCCUUGGAGAAGUCUGUACUUCAUCCUUGGACGACCCACCCUUAUGCUGGUUCUUCUACACCACAUUUUACUGGUAUCCACGCAAAGAUCAACACAACGUCAGCUAAAGUGCUGGAGAUACAUUUGAAGGUGGGCGAUGAGUUGAAACCAUUUGACGUGGAUGCAGACUAUCAGGUGUCAACCUUGGAUUUCCUCACGAGAGGAGCGAGUGGUUUUACGAUGUUCAAAGAGCAUGGCCGCGACCAUAAAGUACUGGGUCUAGAUUCUGAAGCUAUUGAAAGAUACGUCAGAAAAGCGUCGCCAAUCAAAGCUCAUUUAGACAAUAGGCUAGAGCUAAUUAGUUGAUAAGAACAAAAGAAGUACCUUUUAGGAAAUAAAGUUUUUUUUUCUAUGAA